AAAACUGAAUACAUCAGCUUGAAAAAACCCUUCCUCUACAAAGCUUACUACCGCACUAACAUAAAAGGCAUCUUAAAGCAACACACAACAAUGUUGUUCAACUGCCUGAACUCUUCUUAUUAAUUGUUUCCCCAUCUGCUGCUUCCUUUAAACCAGCAAACAAUCUCUUCUUGUUCUUGCACUCCUCCUUUCUCAUAAUUCAGCCCUUUCUCCCAAAGUUGUGGAUAGGAAAUCCUUUACACCCCACACCCCCCAAUUCUUCAGUGACAUCAUAUGUAGGCUGACUAUUUUAGGUCUGGGCAUGUGUUUGUUUAAGAAACACUCCCAAGUGUGCUGUAUAAGAAAGCAAGGUCAACUGUUGCUGGUUAGUGCAUUUCAGUAUGCAAGUGCAAAACAAAGACAGAGCAGCUUUAAAACAUCUUCGUCAUUUCUGCAGUAGAAGAAAACGAUUUUGGUAAAUAGCUCUCUUUAUCAAAUUAAAUGGGGUGAUACAUACUUGGAUCUAAAAUAUGGCACAACGAAACAGCAAUACUCUGUAGAACUACACAAAUGACCAGCUGAGACAAGAAUAUACACAGAAGAAGCCUUUGGAUUUUUAAUCUACUUCAGAAGAAAACGGCAUUGCAAGAUCACUUGAAAAUGAAGACAUUCCCAUGGAUUUUGAAUUUACUGUUACUACUAUUAUUAUCAAAUGGAUGCUACACAAAACAGUCUAAGUUCAACAAAAGCUCCCCUAGACGAUAUCCACGUUCUACAGAAGAAGGAGAGGAAGGGAAAAAGUGUGGCUACACGUUUAUUGUCCCUGAACAAAAAAUAACUGGACCAAUUUGUGUCAAUACCAGAAGCCCAGAAAACAAAAAAGAUGAAAUUACUAGAAUGGACAUUGAGAAUCUGAAGGAUGUAUUGUCCAAACAAAAGCGGGAGAUUGAUCUCUUACAGCUAGUGGUAGAUGUGGAUGGGAAUAUAGUUAAUGAAGUAAAACUGCUGAGAAAAGAGAGCCGCAACAUGAAUUCUCGUGUUACUCAACUAUAUAUGCAGCUCCUCCAUGAGAUAAUCCGCAAACGAGACAACUCACUUGAGCUUUCCCAGCUGGAAAACAAGAUACUCAAUGUCACAACUGAAAUGUUGAAAAUGACAUCAAGAUAUAGAGAGCUUGAAGUAAAAUAUGCAGCACUAACUGAUCUUGUAAAUAAUCAGUCACUCACCAUCUCAUUGCUGGAAGAGCAAUGUAUGCGUAUAUUUUCACGGCAGGACACACAUGGUUCUCCACCUUUAGUUCCAGUGGUACCCCAUCACAUUCCUAAUAGCCCCCAAUACACUCCAGGACUCCUGGGAAGUAAUGAAAUUCAGAGAGAUCCAGGCUAUCCCAGAGACAGAGAUGUGAGGCCACCCCCUGAUCCAGCUACUACUCCUACAAAAAGUCCUUUCAGAAUUCCACCAUUAAUGUUGAUCAAUGAAGGCCCAUUCAAAGACUGUCAACAAGCCAAACAAGCUGGCUAUUCCAGUAGUGGUAUUUAUAUGAUUAAACCUGAAAACAGCCAUGGACCAAUACAGUUAUGGUGUGAGAACAGCCUUGAUCUCGGUGGAUGGACAGUUAUUCAAAAAAGAAUUGAUGGUUCUGUGAAUUUCUUCACAAACUGGGACAAUUACAAGAAAGGAUUUGGAAAUGUUGCUGGAGAAUACUGGCUGGGAUUGGAAAAUAUUUACUUGAUUUCCAAUCAGGACAAUUACAGACUUCUCAUUGAACUAGAAGACUGGAGUAAUAAGAAAGUCUAUGCAGAAUAUAGUAGUUUCCGACUGGAGCCAGAAAGUGAAUUCUAUCGAUUGCGUCUAGGAACGUACCAAGGGAAUGCUGGUGACUCCAUGAUAUGGCACAAUGGGAAGCAAUUUACCACACUAGACAGAGACAGAGACAUGUACACAGGAAACUGUGCCCAUUUUCAUAAAGGAGGUUGGUGGUAUAAUGCCUGUGCUCAUUCUAACCUCAAUGGAGUAUGGUACAGAGGAGGACAUUACAGAAGCAAACACCAAGAUGGGAUUUUUUGGGCUGAGUAUAGAGGCGGCUCAUACUCACUAAAAGCAGUUCAAAUGAUGGUCAGACCAAUUGAUUGAGACAAAACAUUUUUAAAAACUGUCUUUGAGUUUCAUACAACUGUUACAUUUCAAGUUGUUUUGCAAAUUUCCUUAUAACAAGCAAUCCCUACAAAGUAUUGUUUGAAAGAUUUCUUAUUGCAGUAUUGGAUAUGUUGCUUAUACAAGUACUAUCUGCUCAUUAAGUAAGACGGCAGGUGGGUUUAAAAUAAAUCUCUGUUCCCUCAACUAUUUCUUAUUGCGGUAUUCAACAUUAAUUGAAGUAAUUAAAACAACCACAUGUGAUAGAGUACAAAGAAAAUUAUCAACAAAUAAUUGCUGAACUAUAGUAGGAGAUUCUGUUGCCGUGUGUUUUGUGUAAAAAUGACUUGUUUUCAAAGGUUUGAAACUAUUUAAGUUUUUUAUUUCAAAAAAUGAUUUCCAGUGGAAAUCUUAUUUUGAGAUAAAAAUGUACAAUGAGUCAUGAAAGACAAAGAAUUGGAGGAAAGCUCUGGUUUUGCAAGCAUAUUUUUGCAUCAAAUAAAAGUAUUAACAUUUCAGCAUAGAUGUUCCCCAUGUAUAGUACAGCUUUUGCAGGAUACAUCCCUGUUUUAGGGAUGAAGGGCAUUAUUUGUACACUUUUCUUUUAAAUCAGAGAUGGGCAAAAUGUAGUUCUCCAGAGGCUGCUGGACUGUUAACUCCCAGCUUUCAUCAUCACUGACUAUAAGGUGUGUGACAACACCCUAGAGCAGUAGUUCUCAACUUGUGGAUCCCCAGGUGCUUUGGCAUACAACUUCCAGAAAUCCCAGCCAGUUUAUGAGCUGUUAGGAUUUCUGGGAGUUGAAGGUCAAAACAUCUGGGGACCCACAGGUUGAGAACCACUGCCCUAGAGUGUCACACUUUGCUUACACCUGCCCUAAAUACAAAUACAAGAAAGGUUUUAAUAAUAUUUCUACAGCCUUGACUCGAAAUAAUCCAUUACAACAGCACAGAAAUUAGAAAGUUAAUUGUCAAAAGGAUAAGGUAAUAAUGACAUACUGAAGUCAUCUGUAAUUAGGUUCCAGACUAUAAUUCUACCACUUUUUGGUGAUAACAUUAUAUUAAUUCUUAUAAAAACUAAACUCCGCACAAAGUAAAGCAGGGCAGUACUAUUCUAAACAGCACACUGGACAGGGUGAUGUACUGAGUCGACAUUGAUCUAGGGAUUUUUCAGUGAAUUAGUUCAUGUUCUUAACCCAUUACACUAUGUUAAACAUAUUUGAUGAUAAUAAAUCAUGUUGAUUUCAA